UAUAUCGUGUCGAAAUCACGUGUUCGUGAGACGAAGUUUGUCCAAGAGGAUUUUCCGUACAUUUCGCCCAGGCCCUUCUUGACGUAACCGCGCUUCGCUAAAUAAUUCAAUCUCGAAUUGUCACCGAACGCACCGAAGCCUCGACGCGCGACGCCCAUCAGUAUUUCGCCUCGACUAAAUCAUCAUUCGUUCAAUCACCGCGCCCGGCUCAAGUCGUCUCGCGCGCGUCCGAGCUUCUCGGCCUAGCUUAGCUUAGCGUGCUAGCUGCUAACAAAGAGACGCGUUUGUGAUCGACACACCGCCAAGCAGAGCUCAGGUGUGAGCGCAAAGCGUUGUGAUCGUCGUGUCGAAAUGUGUGCAAGAAGGACGGCGGACUACGGGGAAGAACGUUGGGGCCCAAAAGAGGAGGACGAGCCGCAACGUCAAAUACUGGACGCUGCUUUUGAAGAACCUCGAUUUGGGUUACGCACAGCAGACAUCAAUGAAGAUCUUUGCCCUGAGCCCCGUCACAUUAAAAAGGAAGUGGAGGACGAAGAGGUCCCCCACAUCAAAGAGGAGGAGGAGGAGGAGGAUAUCACCAAGUUGUCAUUGAUUGGUGUCCUUUUGAAGUGUGAAGAUAAAGGUAAAAGUGAGGAGGACAGAGGGGCGGGGCCUCCAAGCAGCAGCUCAAGUCAGCACAUGACAACAGAAGGUGAUGGAGACCACUGUGGAGGAUCACAAGCAGAUAGCCUCUUAGCCCCACUGUCGGAUGACGACAUAACUUCACAAUCUCCUGACGCUGAUGAUGAACGCUUUCAAGGCGAUAUGACAUGUCACGCUGACGACAAACCCUGGGGAUGUUCUCAGUGUGGGAAAACUUUCACUUAUAAGAGGGGUUUGAGACAACACAUGAGAAUACACACUGGAGAAAAACCUUUUGCCUGCUCAGUUUGUGGUCAAAGAUUCUACAAUAAAACAAACUUGGGAAAUCACACAAGAACACACACUAGGGAGAAACCCUUUCCCUGCUCAGUUUGCGAUCAAAGAUUUUCUCUUAAGACCAACUUGGAAAAUCACACACGAACACACACUGGUGAGAAACCUUUUUCCUGCUCAGUUUGUGGCCAAAGAUUCUCUCAGCAGGGAGCCUUACUAUAUCACUCAAGAACACACACUGGGGUGAAACCCUUUUCCUGCGCAGUUUGUGGUCACAGAUUCUAUAGAAUGGGAGACUUAAAAAUACACACAAGAACACACACCGGGGAGAAACCUUUUUCCUGCUCAGUUUGUGACAAAAGAUUCUCUCGCAAGGGUCACUUACAAACACACAUAAGAACCCACACUGGUGAGAAACCUUUUGCUUGCUCAGUUUGUGGUUAUAGAUCCUCUGAAAAGGGAAAAUUAAGAAGACACACAAAAACCCACACCAGAGAAAAACUUAAUUCCUGCUCAGUUUGUGGCCAAAAAAUCUCAAAAAAGGGUAAACUUAAGAAACACAACUGUGUAGGUGAGAAUCGCGAUGAUCAAUGAAGGUUUCACGUCUCAUCUGAGCAAACUUAAUCAGUUCAUGCACCAAGGAUGAUUGUAAUCUUUGUACCUGGUCCGUUCCUAAAGGUCUCCUGUAGACAAGCGUUGUAACACUCUUGAUCAAACACUUUUAGAAAUGCGUCUGAUAUACAGCAUGCAUACAUCUUCAUCCAGUGUUUUUGUGACGUGCAUAUUAAAUAAACGAAUGAUUGGUUGAAAUACUUUAAACAAAUAUUUGACUUUUAGUGGUAAAGUGUACAGUAUAUGUGAUCGUGAAGAAAACAGACAUCUUGCCAUAUCAUGUAUUACGCAACUAUAUGUCUAUGUUCUGUGUUUGCUUUUAUUAUGCUUUGCUGUCUGCUGCCUGGUCGGCAUUACAAAUGAGAAUAUGUUCUCAGUUGCCUUACCUGGGCAAACAAAGGCUAAAGGUCCCAUGCCAUCAAUUUCUUUUCAUAAUCUUUGAUGCUCAGGAUGCCCUUAAGCCAUUUUACCUGGUCUUUUACACCUGGCAAUUGAGAUGGGUAGAUUUAUCAUUAAUAUUCGAUUUGUAAAUAAUCUUUACUCUGAUGGGAUGGCUGCUAUUCUGUCAUUCUUUUUACGUGGGCCACGUCAUCCGCUCCCAUUCACUUUAAUUGAACCCGCGCGUGACGCUGGCGACAAUAAAUACAAGCUUCGCUAUUACAUCCAGUUAAGUUCUAAAUGAUAUAGUUGAGUAUUGUUGUAAAACACAACUUAUUAUGUAUACUUUAUUUAUAGACUUUGUAUGGCUUGGCGGGAGCAGCGCAUUAAAACCCGGAAAUGACGUGUUGUCGCUCAGCUGAGUUGAAUGGGUGGCUACCAACCAUGACGUGGGGAGGUACUUGAAUAUUCAUUGCCUAAAGUAUGUUACAACGACAGCGAUUUCAAAUCCACCUGUUUCGCAAGCCUUAAGCCGUUGAUUGCCUUUUCCAUUCAGUUGACAAAACUGCAUAGAUGUCAAACUUUAACCAUGUCACAGACUCAUUUUGACCUGUUAUGCAUAAAACAGGCGAACAAAUUGGAUUUUCAUGGCAUUUAAAUGAAAAUAAAAUACUUGACAACUUUUCUAACAGUUUGUUUAUCCUUUGUUUAUCAAGAAAGGAGCUUCAAAGAUGACCAUUGUAUAUUAUCUGUAUAUGGGUGAAUAAAAGUCUCA